AUGCAAGACGACAGGCGACCUGGACCCCCUCCGGCUGGUCACCCCUCGGCCGGUCCCUACGGGUCGCAGUUCAAGGUCGCCAUUCCACGCUUACCACCCCGACGCGCCCCGCCACCCACCACGCCCAAGUCGCGCCAGAGGGACAGAGUCCAGCGGGCAUGUCGCAACUGUCACAAGCGGAGAAAGACCGGCUGGCGACGUCAGUUGAACGACCUGAUUCCAAGUUCUGAAAUUGACUCCGCCAGUGCCAAAGACCGCAACCAUGCCCUCGUCUCCGUCCUCAAAGACCUCAGCUUGCGCGUCAGCGACGAUGACCGACGUCGAAUUGAAGAUGCCCUCCAGGAUUCAGAUGACGAGGUCGGGUCGCCCGUCUCCAUAUCCUCUUCUUCGCGAGCAUCCGCCCCUCAACCAUUCUCUCAGCACUCGCGCAUGCACCCCUUUGCCCCGUCCUCUAGCUAUGUGCCGCUCGGAGCAGAAACCUCGCCUACCUCGGAUCAGUCACCCCUUCCUCGCCUGGACGGUACUGUCCCGGAAGACUCUGGCGACGAAGACGGUGGCGAACUGCCCAAUGUAGUCGAAGCAGGCUUCUUGGGCCAGAUCUCCGAAGUACAGUGGCUACAGACGCUCAGGAGCAGAGUACAAGCUCUCGAUACCGUUCUGCUUGGCCCACCUGACACCACUGCGCCACUCUCUCAGCCACCCUCGCCUACUUUCACUGCGUCACCCACCUCCCAUGCCGCGACCCCGCUCGAACACAUCGCUCUCACCAACUACUAUCUCGAUGACGAAGGCAUCAAACUCACAGACUGUGGGAAUCCCUUUGAGCUGCCGCCAGAACACACUGCAGGACUGCUAUUCCAGUGCUUCACCCAGACCAUCCAAGGCUCCUUUCCCAUUCUCCCCCCAACUAUAGAGCACCAGCUGCAACAGUACUACACCCUGGUUCGGAACGGGCAGGCUAUACAUUGCCCGGAGAAAUGGUUUGCGCUGGUCAACCUUGUUUUUGCCAUAGGCGCCAAGUUUUCACAUCUCAUCCAGGCUGAAUGGCGAGCCGACGAGCUGGAUCACAUCGCUGCUGGACUCUUUGCGAUUUACUACAUGACUGCUGGCCAUGUAAAUCGGGCUUGGGUAAUGGUAGGCAUGGCGAUGCGAUCGGCCUUCUCGCUCGGCCUUCACGUGCAACAAGAUGAUCAAUCUGUCUCCGCCGCCCGAAGGCAGAGCAUGGUCUGCACCUGGUGGAGUCUACAUGCACUGGAGAGCAUGCUGAGUUCGAUUACGGGCCGGCCGAGCAUUAUACCCAACGAAGACAUCACAACUCCGCUGCCCAGUGCCGUGAAUAGCGAUCAGACCCAAAGCGUACCUGUGUCCAAUCUCGACUUUCUCGAUGCGGAUAUCCACCUGAACCUCCUGACCCAGCAAAUCAUCUCCAAUCUCUACACACAACGUAGAUCUGCGCCAUCAUGGGACUACGUCCAGCAAAUGACCAUAUCUCUAUGCGAACACCUUGACAAGUGGGCAUUUGAAUACAUUCCCCAAGUCCAUUCAGAAGAUAGGAACCCAGCUCGCAUGCAACAACGCGACAUCUUCUUGCUCAAACUUCAGUACUACCGACUAAAGGUUCUGACGACUCGUCCCUCACUCCGCCGUAUUGAACGCUGUUUUCAAGCCGGAACCGAUGACUUCAAUUCGCUCGAUCAGUCUGUGGCAGAGUCGUGCGUACAAGCAGCACGGGAUGUGGCAUCGCUGUUGGCGAACGAGCCUAAUGUCAGGAGUCUAUAUGAAAAAGGGCCCUGGUGGACAAUCGUCCACAACAUCAUGCAAUCACUCGCCGUUCUCAUGAUAGCCAUAUCCUGCCCCGAUCACUUCCGCGACACACUACAAGCGUCUGUGCACAGCACACGGCAACUCGUCACCUCACUCCGCAGCAUGUGCGACACAAACAUGUUAGCGUCCCGCGCCUACCAGGUCGUAUAUUCGAUAGUCAAGACGUCAAAACCGUACGUCUGGGCCGAUAUAGCGGACGCCUUCCCAGACGAGGUCAUCAUGGUGCUGCAACAACCAGCACCAGCAAAGGUCGACCCGCAAUAUCUACCAUGGCCGGACAACGACCAACCGGCUGAAGCCUUGUUUCGUUAUGAAAUGGACAACUUCGGCAACUACCACUUUCACAUGUUAUGA